UCCAAGGAGCAGGGAGUCUGGAACCUCCUCGGACAGGAGGCUCUAGGAGCAGAUGAUGCCCACCUCUGCCUCGCAGCCCCACCUGCCUCUGGUGCCCCUGCUGCUGCCUCUGCUGCUGGGACUCUCAGGAAUGACAGGUGAGGAGGAGCCACAGGUGAUUCAACCUGUGAAGUCGGUGUCCAUAGCAGAAGGACAAUCAGCCUCUCUGCGGUGCAUUGUGACCUCCCUGCUCCCCGUGGGAUCCAUUCAGUGGUUCAAGGGCACUGAACGGGACCGGCAGUUGAUCUACAGUUUCAAAGAAGGCCACUUCCCUCGGAUAAAAAGUAUGUCAGACGUCACAAAGACAAACAACACGGACUUUUCCAUCCGCAUCAGCAACCUCACCCUCGCAGACGCUGGCACCUACUACUGCUUGAUGCUCAGGACAAUAAGCGAUGGCAACGUGGAAGUUAAGUCUGGACCAGGCACCCUGAUACUUGUGCGUACUGAACCCUCCCCUCCAGAGAUCUCUGGCCCCUCCAGCAGGGCCAGCCCCGGCCAAGUCCUGAAUCUCACCUGCAUCUCAAGGGGCUUCUUUCCCAAACACAUCGACCUGCAAUGGUUCAAAGACGGCAGGGAGCUGCCGGCCUUCCACACCCUGGUCUUCCAGCCUGGAGAGGAGCCCUCCUACGCCAUUGUCAGCACCACUCUGGUGUCCCUGACCUUCUCCUCACUCUACUCCCACGUCACCUGCCAAGUGGCCCACAGUGAGUUGCAGAGCCCCCACAGAAGGCACGUGAACAUCUCGCAAUUCCUCCAAGUUGUCCCCACAGUGUACACCUCAGCACACUACAUCCCAGAACUCCAGGUGGCCCUUCUCACCUGCCGUGUGCAAAGGUUUUACCCUGAAGACAUGCGAAUCACCUGGCUGGAGAGGAACGGGUGCUUCAAGAUCUGCGCGGCCUCUGCCCCCACCGAGAACCCAGACAACACAUUCAGCCAAGACAGGCACAUCCUGGUCAAUGCUUCAGAGUUGGAGAACCCAAGGCUGUUCACCUGCCAGGUGUGGCACAAUGACCAGGUGCUGGUCCAAAAGAGCAUGCACCUGAGUGAGUCUGGAGGCCUGCAACUGAAGUUGGGUGCCACCGUAUACAGCUACAUUCUUCUCCUUGGCUGGAAGUUGUUUCCUCUGAUGGCACUUUGUGCCAUCUAUGCUCUCAGGAGGAGCCUCUCUUCCAGGCCCCAGAGAAGGUGAGAACCUGGACCAGGAAGGUCGGCAGUGAGAGGUGGCUUCUCAUACCCUCCUCAGGAAGGAAGUUUCUGUGGAGAUUCUGGCCUCAAAGUCUAUGACUCUGACCAAGAAACCAAGAUGGAAACACACACCUGCAGUUCUACUGGCCCUUCCUAGCCCUUUGGGGACCCAAGUGCUACCAUGAAACUCUGGCAGCCCUUUAGUAAACAGGAAACACCUUGGCAAAGCCACACUGAGGUGCCAUUUUGUCCCUGUUCAAAUAGCAAACUAAAGAAGCAAUUGAGUCUUUCUUACAAU